UCGCUCAGUUCCGCGACUAUCACGCAGAGAAGUUCUCAGGACAGGGAGACCCCCGGAUCGUUGAUGAAUGGAUUCAGGGGUUAGAGUUCAUCUUUGAGGUUAUGGAAUGUCCCGAUAGAUACCGCGUAGUUUGCGCUCAGCUUCAGUUCACUGGUGAUGCGAGGCUCUGGUGGAUCGCCUACUGGAGCAUGCGUCCCGGUGAAAAAGCGGGUUGUACGUGGGACAUGUUUAAGAAUCUAGUCCGCGACAAGUACUACCCUUCUUACUAUCGGGCAGAGAUGGAGCGCCAGUUCUUAGCGCUUCAGCAGGGCACUCGUACUGUCGAUGAGUACGAGCGUGAGUUCACCAGACUUGCAGGUUUCGCACCGGAUCUUGUUCGCACGGAGGCCCAGAGAGCUCAGCGGUUCAUUGACGGACUUUACCCAGCAGUCCGUCAUAACAUCGUGGGACACGGGACACAGACGUAUGCACGAGCAGUCUCUAUUGCCCAGGAGGUAGAUGCUAGUAUCAGGAGGGAGGCCGUUCGUGAUCGUGCUCAGCCAUCCGCCCCAGCUCAGCCAUUUGCAGUUCCACCAGCUCUACCAGCCCCUCAGCCAGCAAAGGAGAAGAAGAGGAAGGGUAAGGGUGCACCGACUGAUCGGAGGACUCGACAGAGACA